GUGGUUGGUUCACUCAUACGGAUCCGUGCAUGCCCUGUGAUAAUAGACCAGUGACCAGCCACGGCGCUGGGCCUUGGGGGUCAGUGCGUCAUCUCUCUAACGUGAGGUUAGUGAGGAUGGCUUUUCCAUGACAAGGAUUUUUAGAAUCCCAUCAACUUGUUGGAUAAUAAGUUACCUACUGCUCGUGCAUUCUUUGCAGGCUCUGGCCCAUGCAGUCAGCCACAAUCAGAGACACGCUGGAUUUGCUGCUGUACGACGUGUACACCACGCUACGUGCUACGUGCUACGUGCUACACGCGGGACCCGCGACCCGGGAUACAGCAUGGACGGCCGGUACCUUACUUACAGUAGUCUCCCACUGUAAGUAAAUGUGUAUGUAACAAUGAUCUAACCUUAAGGUUAGUUCAGCGGGAACGUGGCCCGCAGCCGACCCAGAUUUUAGUAGUAGACUACAAUACGUACACCAUCCCGCCCUAUUUGGUCAAUCCGAGUGAG